AUGACGCCGGAGAACAAGAUUGAACACGAUACAGAGAAACGUAAAGAGCAGAUGCGUCAGCUUGUUCAAAAUGGCUUGCAGAAAAUAAAGAAGGAGGCCAACAUGAAACAAGGCAUAGAAAGUGGCAUUCAGGUCGCUAUGGUUUUCAAGGAAGUCGUAGACAAGGCGGUUCAAGCGUCUAGUGAGGCGGCUCUCGCCUGGGUCGGGAUCCUAACGAACCCACUCACCGAGGCGAAUUCUAACCAGCAAGGAAUCGAAUAUGUCGUGCGGAGGAUGAACUGGUACUGGGAGCUGUCGAGACUACUGCUAGACACGAACAUCAAGCCGGACCAGCAAGGCUUGCGGGGCGUGCUUGAGGAGAAAGUCACUCAGCUCUAUGCACAGCUGUUAUUGUUCCAGAUGAAGAGCGUAUGCUACUACUACCGCAGACGCUUUCGGGUGUUCGUACGGGAUCUAGUCAAGCUCGACAACUGGGACGGCAAGCUGGACAACAUAAAAGAUGCAGAAGCAGCCGUGCGACAAGACUCCUCUCAGUACAACACGCAAGUAAUCCUAGAUCAUCUUAGUGAUAUUCUUAAGAUUGGGGAGUCGCAGAUCUCAGCUAUUCAACAACAGACCAAGCAACAGGAGGCAAUGCACGAGACCGAUGAGGAUAAAAAGUGUCGAAAAGACCUGCGCGUCACUGACCCUCGAGAUGACAAGAAACGCAUCGAAGGUCUCAAAGGUGGCCUGCUCAAGGACUCGUACAAAUGGAUCCUUGAAAACUCCCAGUUCAAAAAAUGGCGCAAUGAGGAUGACCCGCAGAGUCGGCUGCUGUGGGUCAAGGCCGAUCCUGGUAAGGGUAAAACAAUGCUGCUAUGUGGGAUCAUCGACGAGCUGCAGGAGCCGAAUAUACCUAAUCUUUUGGCAUACUUCUUCUGCCAGGCUACAGACUCACGUAUCAACAGCGCCACGGCUGUUCUGCGAGGUUUGUUGUACUUGCUGGUCGAGCAGCAACGAUCACUGAUCUCGCAUGUUCGGAAGAAGUACGACCGUGCUGGCCAAGCACUAUUCAAUGAUACCAACGCAUGGGUUGCCUUGUCGGAGAUUUUUACAAACAUUCUGAACGACGCAAAUCUUGAAAAAACGUGCUUGAUCAUCGACGCGCUCGAUGAGUGCACCACAGGCUUAGACGAAUUACUAGACUUCAUUGCUCAGAAGUCGUUAGUGUCUCCACACGUCAAGUGGAUCGUCUCGAGCCGCAAUUGGUCGACUAUUGAGGAACGGCUAGAUCAGGCCGAUCAUAAGGUGAGGUUAAGCCUUGAGCUCAACGAAGAGUCGGUCUCGAAGGCCGUCAGCACCUUCAUCGAACACAAAGUGUCUAGGCUAGAGCAGCAGAAGAAGUACAACGAAACAAUUCGAGAUGCCGUGCUGAAGCAUCUAACGUCGAAUGCGAACAAUACCUUCCUCUGGGUAGCAUUAGUAUGCCAGCGCCUUGAAAAGGUCGACUUUCAAGUCAAGGAGGAAUUGAAGGCAUUUCCACCUGGGCUUGACUCUCUAUACGAGCGGAUGAUGCUGCAGAUACAUGAAUCCCAGGCUCCCGAUGUCUGCAAGCGGAUACUCGCUUCAGUCGCGAUCGUAUACCGACCAAUCACGACAAAAGAGUUGGCUACUCUCGUAGAGAAGCUCGAGGACAUGGCCGAUGAUCACGAGUCAAUGGAAAGGAUCAUCAGCCUCUGUGGUUCAUUCCUUACCGUGAAAGAGGGUGUUGUCUAUUUUGUGCAUCAGUCAGCAAAAGAUUUUCUAUUCUCAAACGCAUCCGAUGAGGUAUUCCCGUCCGGGGAGAAAGACGUCCAUUACUCGAUUUUUUCCAGGUCCCUCAAUACCAUGUCCAAAGCAUUACGCCGAGACAUGUACGAUCUGAAAGAGUUAGGGUAUCCUGCGGAGCAGAUCAGACAGCCCAAUCCAGACCCGUUAGCAGCGUCGCGCUACGCGUGUUUUUACUAG